AUGGCCGACAAGCGGCGGUCCUCGCCAGGCACCACCAUGAGCCUCAAGGCUCACGCCUUCUCCGUGGAGGCUCUCAUCGGGGCCGAGAAGCAGCAGCAGCAGCAGCAGCAGCCGCCGCCGCGGCAGCCCAAGCGGAGGAAGCUGGGCGGAGAGGACGAGGCGGCGGAGGACGAAGGCGGCAGCGGCUGCUGCACCAAGAGCUCUCCCGCCGCCGCCGCGGCCGGCAGGACCUGCGGGGACAUGGACCUGGGCUGCGCCGCCCGCGGCCCCGCCGGUGACCGGCGCUGCCCCGGCCGCUACCGCUGCCCCGCUCUCUCCGCAGGCGGCUGCGAGGAGGGAUUCCCGGCGGGCUCCCCGGCCGCCUCCCCCGGCGGCUCCCCCAAGGGCUCCCGGCCCGGCUCGCCGCUGCCCACGCCGCAGGCGCCGCGCGUGGACCUGCAGGGCGCCGAGCUCUGGAAGCGCUUCCACGAGAUCGGCACCGAGAUGAUCAUCACCAAGGCGGGAAGGCGGAUGUUUCCUGCAAUGAGAGUGAAGAUCUCAGGUUUAGACCCACAUCAGCAGUAUUACAUUGCUAUGGAUAUUGUGCCAGUGGAUAACAAAAGAUACAGGUAUGUCUAUCAUAGUUCCAAGUGGAUGGUGGCUGGAAAUGCUGACUCCCCGGUGCCGCCUCGCGUUUAUAUUCACCCUGACUCACCCGCCUCGGGGGAGACGUGGAUGAGACAAGUGAUCAGCUUCGACAAACUGAAGCUUACCAAUAACGAGCUGGAUGAUCAGGGGCAUAUUAUCCUUCACUCUAUGCAUAAAUAUCAGCCUCGUGUCCACGUCAUCCGAAAAGACUGCGGCGAUGAUCUGUCCCCUGUCAAGCCCAUCCCCUCGGGAGAGGGGGUGAAAGCCUUCUCCUUCCCCGAGACAGUCUUCACCACUGUCACAGCAUACCAAAAUCAACAGAUAACUCGUCUGAAGAUCGAUAGGAACCCAUUCGCCAAAGGCUUCAGAGAUUCGGGCCGUAACAGAAUGGGACUGGAAGCUCUGGUAGAGUCUUAUGCCUUCUGGAGACCUUCUCUGAGGACACUUACAUUUGAAGACAUACCUGGGAUACCCAAACAAGGAAAUGCAGGUUCCUCUACUUUACUCCAGGGAUCUGGCAGCGGAGUGCCAUCUACCCACCCUCACCUUUUACCGGGCUCCCCUUGCUCCUCUCCAGCCUUCCACCUCAGCCCCAACACCAGCCAGCUGUGCACCCUUGCCCCGGCUGACUACACGGCGUGUGCGCGCUCAGGCCUGGCGCUCAACAGGUACAGCACCUCCCUGGCCGAGACCUACAACCGGCUCACCAGCCAGGGCGGCGAGACCUUCGCUGCCCCCAGGACUCCCUCCUACGUCGGCGUGUCCAGCAGCACAACUGUGAAUAUGUCCAUGAGCGGCAGCGACGGGGAUGCCUUCAGCUGCCCGCAGACUGGCUUAUCCAUGCAGAUUUCAGGGAUGUCUCCACAGCUCCAGUACAUCAUGCCCUCCCCAUCCAGCAAUGCCUUUACCACUAACCAGACCCACCAAGGCUCCUACAACACGUUUAGACUGCACAGUCCCUGUGCGCUCUAUGGAUAUAACUUUUCCACAUCCCCUAAACUGGCUGCCAGUCCUGAGAAAAUCGUUUCUUCCCAAGGAAGUUUCUUGGGGUCCUCGCCAAGUGGAACCAUGACGGAUCGGCAGAUGUUGCCCCCCGUGGAAGGAGUGCACUUACUUAGCAGUGGGGGGCAGCAGAAUUUCUUUGACUCUAGGACCCUAGGAAGCUUGACACUCUCAUCUUCUCAAGUGUCUGCACAUAUGGUUUGA